CAAAAAUGGUUGAACAAUAAAUAUCGUUAAAUUAUAAUUGAGAUAACAUAUCUUAAAAUAUAUUGACAUGGAGAUCCUCUUUUAAACGGUUAUGAUAGUGAUCAUUUAUUUUUUGUAGUAGAGUCCUAUAUAUACGGUUGAGUUAGAUACUACGAUUUAAAUUCAGAUUUAAAUUUCAAGCUAUAUAUAUAUUAUGAAAUAGACAGUUUCAGGAGUUGGACUCAUAAGACGUAAAAUGGAAGCUUUUUCGAAAUCUUUUCAUGCAGAAGAUGAUGAAGAAGCUCUGAAAUGGGCUGCUUUGGAGAAACUUCCGACGCAUUUACGUAUACAGAGAGGCAUACUUAACGAGAAAGAGAUCGAUAUACAUAAGCUUGGAUUGAUCGAGCGGAGGAAUUUGGUUGAAAGAUUGGUCAAAAUCGCAGAAGAUGAUAAUGAAAAAUUCUUGUUCAAGCUCAGGGACCGCAUUGAUAGAGUUGGAUUGGACAUGCCGACAAUUGAAGUCCGAUACGAGCAUUUAAAUGUUGAAGCGCAAGCUUACAUAGGAAGCAGAGCAUUGCCGACAAUUUUCAAUUUUUCCAUUAAUUUGAUGGAGGAAUUCUUGAAUUAUAUUCACAUACUUCCAAGUAGAAAGAAACCAUUACCGAUUCUUCAUGAUGUGAGUGGAAUCAUCAAGCCUCGAAGAAUGACACUACUGUUGGGCCCUCCAAGCUCGGGGAAGACGACUUUACUAUUGGGUUUGGCCGGAAAACUCGAUAAAGAUCUCAAAUUUUCAGGAAGAGUGACAUAUAAUGGACAUGGAAUGGAAGAGUUUGUACCGCAAAGAACGUCGGCUUAUAUAAGCCAGAACGAUCUCCAUAUCGGAGAAAUGACUGUCAGAGAAACUCUUGCCUUCUCUGCAAGAUGUCAAGGGGUCGGACCUCGUUACGGGAUGUUAGCAGAGUUAUCAAGAAGGGAGAAGGCAGCAAAUAUCAAACCAGACCCUGACAUUGAUAUCUACAUGAAGGCGGAAGCUUUGGAAGGGCAAGAAAGCAAUGUAGUGACAGAUUAUAUAAUCAAGAUUUUAGGGUUGGAAGCAUGUGCUGAUACGAUGGUGGGUGAUGAAAUGAUCAGAGGCAUCUCCGGCGGUCAAAAGAAGCGGCUCACAACUGGAGAGAUGCUGGUUGGACCAGCAAGAGCACUCUUCAUGGAUGGCAUUUCAACUGGUUUAGACAGUUCAACAACUUUUCAGAUUGUGAACUCAAUCAGACAAUCAAUCCACAUUCUCAGUGGAACUGCCCUUAUCUCUCUUCUCCAACCAGCGCCCGAAACUUAUGAACUUUUCGAUGACAUCAUUCUUCUCUCAGAAGGACAAAUUGUGUAUCAAGGUCCCCGCGAGAAUGUGCUCGAGUUCUUCGAAUACGCUGGCUUCAAGUGUCCUGAGAGGAAAGGAGUUGCUGAUUUCUUACAAGAAGUUACAUCAAGAAAAGAUCAAGAGCAGUACUGGGCGUGUAAAGAUGAACCUUAUAGCUUUGUUUCUGUUAAGGAAUUUGCUGAAGUAUUUCAGUCAUUCCACAUUGGGAAAAAACUAGGUGAUGAACUUGCUACGCCGUUCGACAAGUCCAAAUGCCACCCUGCUGCUCUGACAACCAAGAACUAUGGUCUCAGCAAGAAACUUCUUCUGAAAGCUUGCAUUUCAAGAGAACUUUUGCUCAUGAAGAGGAACUCCUUUGUCUAUAUUUUUAAAAUGGCUCAGAUUAUUAUCAUGGCUCUCUUAACGAUUACUGUAUUUCUAAGAACAGAAAUGCGUCGUAACACACCAACAGAUGCAGCAAUAUAUCUCGGUGCUCUUUUCUUUUCUGUUGUUACGCUUAUGUUCAAUGGUUUUACAGAGCUUGCUUUGACCAUUUUGAAACUUCCCGUCUUCUACAAGCAAAGAGAUCUUCUGUUCUACCCUGCAUGGGCUUAUGCUUUACCCACUUGGAUUGUCAAAAUUCCAGUUACCUUUGCGGAAGUUGCUGUCUGGGAAAUCAUGACUUAUUAUGCUAUAGGUUUUGAUCCAAACAUUGGAAGGUUUUUCAAGCAGUACUUGCUGCUCCUAUGUACAAACCAGAUGGCUUCUGCACUGUUUCGUUUGAUGGCUGCAUUAGGAAGGAAUAUUAUAGUCGCGAACACUGUUGGAUCAUUUGCAUUAGUUGUGGUACUCGUUUUAGGUGGAUUCGUCUUAUCUAGAGAUGAUUUGAAAGUAUGGUGGUUAUGGGGUUACUGGAUCUCACCAUUGAUGUAUGUCCAAAAUGCUAUAUCUGUCAAUGAAUUUCUUGGGAACACUUGGAGACAUGUUCCUCCUCUUUCAACAGAGACACUAGGAGUUAGUUUCUUGAAAUCUCGUGGAAUUUUUCCCAAAGCAUAUUGGUAUUGGAUUGGAGUUGGAGCUUUGAUUGGAUUUAUCUUUCUAUUUAAUAUUCUUUACGCUCUAGCCCUAAAAUACCUUGAUCCAUUUGGAAAGCCUCAGGCAAUAAUAUCAGAAGAGGCCUUAGCUGAGAAACAUUCUAACAGAACUGGGGAGUUCACUGAACUAUUAACAAGUGGAAAGAGAUCUUUGAGUGAGAACCAAGUAAGCAUCUCAUCCACAACAGUUUCCUCAAGAGUGGACAGCUUUAAUGAAGCAGAUCAAAACACGAGGCGUGGAAUGGUUCUCCCUUUCGAACCCCUCUCUAUGGCAUUCAACGAAAUUAGAUAUGCUGUAGAUAUGCCACAGGAAAUGAAAGCUCAAGGUAUUCCUGAAGACCGUCUUGAACUCUUGAAGGGUAUUAGCGGUGCUUUUAGGCCAGGAGUAUUAACAUCUCUAAUGGGUAUUAGUGGUGCGGGUAAGACUACACUAAUGGAUGUCUUGGCUGGAAGAAAAACAGGUGGUUAUAUUGAAGGAAGCAUCUCAAUAUCUGGGUACCCCAAGAAGCAAGAAACAUUUGCUCGCAUAUCAGGAUACUGUGAGCAAACUGAUAUACAUUCUCCACAUGUUACAGUCUAUGAGUCUUUGCUUUAUUCUGCAUGGCUUCGUCUACAUCAAGAUGUUGAUUCUCACACUAGAAAGAUGUUCAUUGAGGAAGUUAUGGAGCUUGUGGAGCUGACAUCUUCGAGAGAAGCACUUGUAGGAUUGCCUGGCGUGAAUGGUCUUUCAACUGAACAGCGAAAAAGGUUGACAAUCGCUGUUGAACUUGUUGCUAACCCAUCUAUAAUCUUCAUGGACGAGCCAACCUCUGGCCUUGAUGCCAGGGCAGCUGCUAUAGUUAUGAGAACAGUGAGGAACACAGUUGAUACUGGGCGAACUGUGGUGUGCACAAUACACCAGCCAAGCAUUGACAUUUUCGACGCCUUUGAUGAAUUAAUUUUAUUAAAAAAGGGAGGCGAAGAAGUUUUUGUGGGUCCAAUAGGCCGUCAUUCAUGUCUUUUGAUCAAGUAUUUCGAGGACGUUGAAGGUGUUCCUAAGAUCAAGGAUGGUUACAAUCCUGCAACUUGGAUGCUGGAGAUUACUUCAGCAGCACACGAAGCAGCUCUUGGGAUUAACUUUGCUGAUAUCUACAAAAACUCAGAGCUAUACAGGAACAACAAAGCCUUGAUCGAAGAGCUAAGCACGUCUCAACCGGGUUCGAAAGACUUAUACUUCCCAACUCAAUAUUCGCAGUCUUUCUUAACCCAAUGUAAGGCUUGCCUAUGGAAGCAGCACUGGUCAUAUUGGCGAAACCCUCCAUAUACGGCUGUGAAACUCUUGUUCACAACAAUUGUAGCUUUGAUGUUUGGGACGAUAUUCUGGGAUUUAGGCUGCAAAAGAAGUAAGCAACAGGAUAUCUUUAAUUCAAUCGGUUCUAUGUAUGUCGCCCUUCUCUUCAUCGGUAUUCAGAAUGCUGCAUCAGUUCAGCCAGUUGUGGCGAUUGAGAGAACAGUUUUUUACAGAGAGAGAGCAGCCGGAAUGUAUUCUGCAUUGCCUCAUGCCUUUGGACAAGUUAUGAUUGAAGUUCCUUAUGUUUUUAUCCAGACCAUCAUAUAUGGAGUCAUAGUUUAUGCAAUGAUUGGACUAGAUUGGACUGUGAGAAAAUUUCUCUGGUAUAUCUUUUACAUGUUCUUCACAUUAUUGUACUUCAGUUUCUACGGCAUGAUGACGACAGCCGUUACGCCCAAUCACAACAUUGCUGCUGUGGUUGCAUCCGCCUUCUAUGCCAUAUGGAACCUUUUUUCAGGAUUCAUUAUUCCUCAACCGAGGAUUCCGGUGUGGUGGAGAUGGUAUUAUUGGUGUUGCCCAGUGGCUUGGACCAUGUAUGGAUUGGCUGCUUCACAAUUUGGAGAUGUAGAGGAGAUGUUAGAUACAGGUGAAACAGUGGAACAAUUCUUAAAGAGAUAUUUUGGGUAUAGACGAGAUUUUGUUGGAAUUGCUGCAAUUGUCAUAGUUGGCUUCUCUGUGCUCUUUGCCUUCUUCUUUGCUUUUUUUAUUAAAGUAUUCAACUUCCAGAAAAGAUAAUUACAUUUUGUUCUGAUUAAUGUAAAGUAAAUUAUACUUCCAACUUGUGAUUAAUGUUUAAGCAAGUUGAAAUUUGCUAUGCAUGCCAUAAAUAGUUAUGUGCCUUAACGCUUCUUUGCUAUUGAAGCAAUACAAUUUCUUUGUUUGGAUA